ACGGUAAGAUGUCGCCAUCCAGUGGACAAGUUUGUGUUAAACUCUUGACUUCGGUGACCUGCUUGUUUUUUACGUGGACUCCCCGAAAAGUAUGUAGUGUUUUAAUCUGGUGCUAAUGGGCCAUAAUAAAGUCAUAAAUCAAGUAGUUGGAAGUUGGAAGUAAAAAAUAAUAAGGCUAGACUCAACACGUAACCCCGUGUUAUGCAAUAUAUGGCCUACUCAAAGCGCUUUUCAUAACCCUAGAAAUUAUUCCAUUACGGUAUUUCCGCACUGUCACCGCUAUCUAUGCCUGGGGGAGCAGAACUAUGGGGUUUCCUGAAUCUCGUCACAUUCGACCGCAGUCAAGUAAACGCAGUCAACACACAUUGUUUAACAAAAGCGUAAGGUAUCAGAUGAGAUGGACUACUCUACGUUCCUGUACGACCUUUCCCCUGGUCUGAUGGAAACGUUUUGUGAUGUUAUUGACAGCGGAGUUGACAACCUUGGGUGGCGUGGGCUUGCUGCACGAAUUGCGACAAGUUGGACGGAGGUGCGACGCAGUGAGAGGAUUGAAGCAACCGGCAAGAGCCCUACACGCGAACUUCUCUGGGCUUGGGCGCAGCAGAAUAAAACGCUUGGGGAUCUUCUACAGGUUUUAGAAGAUAUGGGACAUUAUAGAGGAAUUCAGUUGCUAUUGGCUCAAGAAACUACAAAUUCCUUUCCUAACAGUGAACCCUCAAAGGUUGUGGAAAACCCAUCCCCACCAGAGUCCACCAUGCCAUCCCUGUCUAAUUAUGUGUCCCCUGACCCUGGACGGAACACAUCCAAUCAUCCAGUGUCAAGCAAAGGUCACAACCACAGGCUUCUGAUCACACAAUCAGAUGUCAUAGAAGGAACUAGAAAUUUCCACCAGGACAUGAAGAUUAUGGAGGGCAAAUUCUCUGUGAUCUACAGAGGUAUGAAAGGAAACCAGCCCUUCGCUGUCAAGCUUUUCAAGCAGGUACAGAAAGCUUCAUGGAAGAAGUUAUGGGACGUAUUCAGGAAAGAGAUGGAAAUCCAUCAUCUAAACCAGCAUCCUAACAUCUUGGAGUUGUUGGGUUGCCACUCUGACGGGCAUAUGUACUGGCUGGCAUACCCCUAUAUGCCCAAUGGGUCACUGUUCCACCGACUCCAUGAUCAGGACGUAGCGGCCAGUCUCUCCUGGCAGGAACGCCUGGACAUCGUCAAGGGGGUAGCUAGGGCGGUGCACCACCUCCACAUGGCUCAGCCCUGCGCUGUUAUCUGCGCUAACAUCACAAGUUCUAACAUAUUGCUGGAUGAGCGGCUGCAGCCAAAGUUGUCUGAUUUCGGAAUGGCCUGCCUCAGGCCCCACUCGGUCGGUCAGACUGGCACUGUCACCUUAGAUACGACCACCUGCGGGACUCUGGGAUACCUGCCCGAUGAAUACAUCAGAGACGGAAAGCUGUCUGUCAAGCUGGAUGUGUUCAGCUUAGGAAUGGUUAUAAUGGAAACUUUAACAGGACGGAAAGUUAGAGAGGAGACCCCUAAACACACUUUGCUGAGAGACGUCCUGAAGGGGGUAACCGAGGCAAGUGGCUCCGUGGACUCCUGCCUUCAGUUCCUGGACCCGAGGGCUGGUCCCUGCCCGCACUCCCUGUCCUCCACCCUGUUCCGCCUGGCUCUGGACUGUACCAGCACACGGCCUCGCGAGAGACCCAUCAUGGAGAAUGUGUUACAGGUGUUAAGUCAGCUCCUCCCCUUGCCCUGCCCCCCCGAGGAUCAGCCCCACACCCUGACCGAAUGGGUCCCCGGAAGCCCCGCCUCCGCCGCCCAGGCCGGACACGACGCCGGCCCCCGCCGAUGGCCCAGCAUGCCCGUGGAGAACGACGAGCUGCACAGUUACGCCAAAGUCAAUUGCCUGUCCGCUGCGGUGCAGACGCCGGACGCUGUGGGGGGGCCCUGCGAGUGUAGCCAGUCGGAGGUCACGUACCUGAGUAGCGGGCAGCGGAGCCAGCCCCUCUCGAAGGAAGAGGCGGGGGGAAGAGCGGGCCGAGGGGCCGAUGAAGCUGGCCAGAGCGUCCGGUCCACUGAAGUGGUGGAUCUGUACAGUAGCUGGCCAGUCCAGUGUAGCUGCUCUGCUGAUGGGAACGGAGUUGGCUGUGAGGACUGCCAGGCCAAUGGGUUCACUUCCUGUCCCAAGGAGCUGCCUCAAGGAGAUCUCAGCUUUUCUUCCCUGUGUAUAGUGGACAAUCCUUCCAAGGAGAGACUGAGGAACAAGAUAGAUCUGUACAAAAAAGGCUACAUUCGAACAGAGGAACUCCUCUCUAUCUCCUUGACAACCCAGGAGUGAAUUUAUUUUGACCAAAGUUGCAAUUAGGUACAAAUCUAGAAUGGCUGGAUUUUUAUAACAAGGGUUCUAUUCUACAAUAUAAAUAACUCAGAUUCAAACUAUUAGAGGUUGAAAUGCAAACACUGACCCCAAGAAAUGGGGUUUUCUGAAGUAAAUUGCUAUUAGUCACAGCCUGACCUCUAGGGUUGUUCCUCUAUUUGACUCAUUUUCUGCCCUGCGUGACAUGAGAUGGAUGUCAGCCCACGGAAACUGUUGCUGUACAAAAAAUUAUCAGUUUAGAUUCUAUCUUUGAAGUCUUAAUUUGUUGUCAUGUUAAGCUUUAAUGUAUAUAGAAAAAGAUAAAAGGGGUUGUAUUAAAGUGGACAGGGGCUGGAUUUAAACACAUGCUACAGCAAUGGCUUUGACUGUUAGACCCCUCCAGGCCAGCUCUUCCAGACUGUGUCAAUCUGGCUCUGGUGUUCUUUCCAGUAUAUUAUGCUAAAGCUAAUAUUUAUGAAUAUGAAUGUUAUGUGAUAGUUUCCAUUAAUUAAUAAUUAGUGGGAAGCUUUUAUGAAGCUCUGUUUUUGUAUUUGUUUUCUAUAAACAUGUGUUGUUUUUCAUUCAACUUUUUAGAAAAUAAUUUUAUGAUUUGUAAAUUGAAUUUAUCUACUAGUUAUAGUUGGACAUCAAUUCUAGUAAUCGUUUAGACUUUUUUUUUGGUGACAUUUUGUGGUUUUGUCAAAUUGUUGAACUUUUGACAUACUGAUGUAGAAAGUGCUUGGUUCUCAUCUCAAAUAUGUGGUUCAGACAAAAUCAACAUGGACAUUGGCCCUCCUUGCAUUAAUCAAUAUCUAUCCUUGAUCCAAUACCAAAUCAGCACUCAACACUAGACUGAAGAGUUCCACUCCGUGUUUUCAUUCCAACCCUCUAACCAGGGCCUUGUUUAGACCUGGGACACCAGGUGGGUGACAUUAAUGAUGAGGUAGAACAGAAAACCAUCAGGCUCCGGCCUUUGUAGGGUAAGAGUUGAGUACCACUGCCCCAAACCUUAAAUCCUACGGCAAUGUGGAGAGCAGAGAGCAUUUUACAGAAAUCUGGUAGUUGCUCUACAUUUCCUUCCUUGCAAGGUGUAAGACUCGCAAUACUAAAUGUCCACAAGUGCAAAGUACAAUAUAGGGUGCAGAAGUGAUUAGUUUAGUCACAAUUUAAUAAAACAUUAUUCACAA